AAGGCCUAUUGUUUCGCAUUGGCAUAUGCGUGUUCCCGUUUUGACGAUGGUUGGAUAAUUAUUGACGUGAGGAAUAAUGUGAAUUUAUGUGGCUGUGAAUAGACCUUGGGGUUUUGCUCGUUGUGAGUCACUAAAAAUAUGUGAGUGUGCGUGCGCGUUUGUGCAGCUGGGUCCCCACUUGACAAGUACGGCAAUGGUGUAGGCGGACGGAGCAUUACGUGAAGCCAAGGGCAAGCUGCGACCUUGAACAUGCAGAGCAGGUUAUUUUUAGGCUAUGACGACUCGCCGCACCCGUGCAUGUUGGGGCAUGCAGCGAGGUCGCCGCUAUAUAAAUGGGGAGGAUGUGUAAAGAGGCAGCAGUCUUCGCGUCACUUCGGGAGUGUGCGGAGCUCGCUUCAAGAUGCCUAGAUGCGUGUUCUGCUUUUUUUAUCCUCAUGAUAUCGGGGAUGAUGAGCCAAUGGAAGAGAAUUCACCAUCUUCUCCAGACAUUUCACCUGCCACAUUGCAUGCUCACGUCGAGCGAUCACAUCCCUAUGUGGACAUUUCCUUCCUGCCUUUCUUUCAAACUGAUAGCGCAUUUCGAGGUAUCGUCAAAGCGUUUGUGCUAUUGGCAUCUGUUCACGAUCAGGGAGUAGAGGACUUGCGACAAUAUUUAAUGAACCACCUCCACAAUAUAAUUGCUAUUUUGCGAGCGCAAAGAAUACCCUUUAGGUUUUGCAUUUGUUCUGACGUUCUAAUGAUGAAAGAAAAUCGAGGGGAUGUAACCGCACACAGAGCUCAUUUUAUGGCGCUUGCUCGCGAAGUCCACAGCGACGGAGCUAUCGCAAAUACUUUGAUGGAUGUGAUUCAGGAGUCCACCGGGCGCAUUGAAAAUUACCAGCGCGAGGGUAGUGGGUUUGUAUCCACUGACGUCCAAAAAGUUCAAAUGUGUAUUUCUGCUGUGAAAACUAAAAAAUUCGGGUGCAAUGGGGUACUUGCCACGAAUAUGGCUAAACGCAGGAACGUGUUAACGAAUAUCCAUUUACCAGCACGCAAGGAGGGCGAAUGUUUUAAAUACAAUACGCUCGCUCUCCUGCACCCACAGGAAAGGAAUUCGUGGAAAAAAUGUGAAAAUUAUGCAGUAGAUUACUGGUUGCCAAGCUACUUCCCCGUUUCAUUUUCUGAUCUGGACGAAUUCGAAGACAAAAACAAGAUAUCCAUUUACGUGUACGAGUACGUCGAUCAGGGAGUGCACGUGUCGCGACCCCCAAAACUCGAGUGUGAAAAGAAAAUUCACUUAUUGGCUAUAGAUGAACAUUUUUUUGGAAUCAAGUCCCUCGAACGGUUACUUAUGAGAGACAAUAGGUGUUUCAUAUGCGAACGUUGCACGCGCUCUUUUAACGAGGAAAAGAGCAUGGCGAAACAUCGUCGCCUGUGCGCGGACGUGAACGAAAUCUUAUUGGAAUUUUGCGAACCUGGCAAAAAUUUUGUAGAAUUUAAUAAAAUACAGUACAAGCAGCAGUACAACUACGUCGUCGCGUUGGACACAGAGAGCGUACUCGCGCCCAGUGGUGUUGGCAUGCAGCGUCAUGUCACCUCUAGCUUCUGUGCCGCACCCACGACUCGAAGGUGAUGCGCGUCAGGACGCACCACGGUGAAGAUUCCGCGAGGCAGUGCGUGAAGGCUUUGAUGGAAAAUGCGGGACGAGAUGGUUGCCCUGAAUGCCUGCCCCGCCACAAUGGUGCUGAAUGAUGGGCAACGGGCCGAGCACAGAGCUGCCACCCAUUGCGGGUACUGUAAACGGGAGUUCACGCGAGAUCUACCCCGUGUCCGUCAUCACGACCAUUCCAAGCGAUGUACUACCGGGGACACAAAUUACAUUGCGACGCUGUGCAGCCCCUGUAAUGUGGCGUGCACGACGAGAGAAAAAUUACCGAUCAUGGUGCACAAUCUGCCCUAUUGGCCGGACUGCUGCGGGAAUUUCACCUUCUCGGGUGGAAGCGAGCUCCCUUCAUCGUUGCCAGUUCCAUGGAAAAAAUUCGAUCGUUCGAAAUUGGCACCUUCCUAUUCAGAGAUACCAUGCAGUACCUCAAUUUGUCGCUGGGAGAGCUCGUGGAAACCGUCAAAUCCAUGGGGGGCGCAGAGGCGUUCCAGUGCCUGAAGCAGGUAUUUGGAAACGACUACGAAAUUCUGCUUCGUAAAGGUGUAUUCCCAUACAGCCACGUUAAUUCUUUUGCGGUGUACGACGAAUUGGCUCUGCCGGCAAAAUCUGCCUUCCGAAAUGAUCUCACUGGGGAGGAUAUAAGCGAGGAAGACCACCAGUAUGCGCUGCAAGUAUUUGAACAUUUUGGAUGCUCGAAUCUGAGGGAUUAUAAUGCACUGUACCUGAAAACGGAUGCCCUAUUACAUGCUGAUGUAAUGCAGCACUUUCGACGACUGUGCUACGACGCGCGUGGAUUAGAAUUGCUUCAUUGUGUUUCUCUGGCAUCCUAUUCGUGGCAAUGUGCUCUAAAUUACACGCAGGCAAAAUUGGAGUUAAUCAUCGACGAGGACAUGUACAGAACCAUCGAGUCGGGUGUUAGGGUCGGGCUCUGUCAGGCGAGCAGGCGUCAUUUGCGGGCUAACAACCCUCUGUGUAGUGGCUAUGAUCCCGAAAAAGAGGAGGUGUACAUAUCAUACAUAGAUUGCAACAAUCUUUAUGGAUUCAGUAUGGUAAAGCACCUCCCCGUCAGCGAUUUCGAGUGUGUCGAGGAUUUUAGCUCUGUGGAUUUUAUGCGUCACCCCACGGAUUCAGAGGUGGGGUACGUGUAUGUGUGCGACUUGGAGUAUCCAAAAUCCAUCCACGCUCUAACGCGGUACUUCCCCCUGGCUCCCGAGAAGGCUGUGGUCCCGGAGGAAUGGCUCUCGCCAUUCCAGCGAGGUCUUCUCGAAGAAUUAAUGUAUCAGCCAGCUAACAGCAAAAAGCUGUUGCUGACGUGCAAGGACAAGGUCGAGUAUGUCGUUCAUUAUGCACUGCUCGCACUCUACUGUAGAUUGGGCACGAGGGUGACAAAAAUUCACCGAAUCCUAAAAUUUCGUCAGGCACCAUUCCUGCGUCCCUACAUUGAGGAAAAUGUUGCCAGGCGCGUUGCCUCAGGCACGACGUUUGAAAAAAAUUUCUAUAAAAUCUCAAAUAAUGUGGUCUUCGGAAGAACGCUUUUAAAUAAAUUUAACAUGAGGGAUAUUCGAGUAGCCUUCGAUGAGGAGACGGCGAGUCGCCUCGGGAGUCGGGCAGAAUGCGUGCGAAUGGAAAUUUUGUCCCCCGAUUGUGUCAUGUACGAAAUGCGCAAAAGAAAAGUGCGAUGUGAUUUCCCCUUGCAGAUUGGCUUCACGAUUUUAGAACUGAGUAAAUUAACGAUGUACUCGUUCUACUACGAAACUCUGCUGAGCAAGCUCACUUGUCCGGUGAUUACCUGCUACUUUGACACGGAUUCUCUGAUCCUCGGCCUAUUCUGCAAGGAUUACGAAGAUCAGUUACGUGUGAUCGCCGACGACCAUUUAGACUUGUCUUCCUUCGAUCGGGGUCAUCCACUGUACAGCGAGAGGAAUCGUGGUAGGCUUGGUGCAUUCAAAAGUGAAACCGGUAGCAUACCCAUAGAGGAAGUAAUAUGCUUGAAACCAAAAUGCACUCCAUCAAACUAGCUGGGGGAUAACAAAUUGCAAGAGCUAAAGGGGUCAAGAAGAACAUUGUGCGCAAACACCUCCUCCAUGAUACGUACCACGAUACCCUGUUCAAGCACACUAGCGUAUCGCACGAACAGGUGUCAAUAGUGGGAAAGAAACAGUGCAUGUACACCAUCAGAAAUGUGAAAAGAAGUCUGAUGGCGUACGACGACAAACGAUACCUCUACAAUGACAUCGACUCCUACUCAUACGGAAGCUGCGAAUAUGAUAAUGCAGAGGAUGAGAAGGAGUAGCGUCAGUUGGACCAGUGGAAGGAUAUGGUAGCUCGUUCUCUUCUCGCUCGUCUCAUGCACGCUGGCGCUGGACACCUGCAACUGAAGACGCAUGAAGCUCGAGAAGGAUAAGCACACCUACCCGCUUGAAUGCCCUGGUGAUAUCUUCACUAUCACAGAUUGGUAUGUGGUACCUAUGCUGUCCAACAUUAAGCUGGACAAGAACGCUACUGGAUCGCUACGCACGUGCCUUCAACCACUGGACAUAAGCGUCCAGUGCGCGUGGAAUGUGUCAACUCACGGAGGAUGAAACUUUUCUUAGCCGCUGUCCCAGAGACACCUACAUGAUUCGUCACUUCCGAGGAACCAUGCCCAGCAUCAAAGGAAUCAAUCUCUCCAAGACAGCCAUGAUGUACUCAAUAAACGUUGCAAUAGUAACCAGAUCCUACGAUAGACUCUGUCUCCAGAGGAGCUCGCCAAAAAAAUGAUACUUCCAGUGCCCGUCAGGACAACCGCAAUGGCCUAUGGAAUUGCCAUGGGGCCCCUGGCAAGGCGGAAGUUUGAAGAUGUCUGUGGAGUUACGGUGACACAGCUUGGUGUGGUUGUAGACACGGAUAACCCAUGGCUUGCAUGCUCACCAGAUGGGAUCUUCAGGGAUGACAGUGGUGAAGUUAGCCUCUUGGAAAUAAAAUGUCCGUAUUCGAAGAGGAAGGGCAGUGUCCUUGACGACCCACAGCUCAUAUAUCUUCAGGGGAAGCCGGACUACCGUUUAAGAGAAUUGCACCAGUAUUAUACCCAGGUUCAAGUCUCCCUGUAUGUUCUCGGUCUCAAAAAGUGCAUUUUUUUUUGUCAACUGUGAGACAAACUACCUAUGUCCGUCGCAACGACGAGUUUCUGGAAUGCUGCAUUCCACACGUGAGAAAAUUUUAUUUUUCAUAUUUCUUGCCCACAUUAGUGGAUAACUGUAAGCAGUAGUCAUGGCUUGUACUACCAUUCACUAAUGCGCUGAAAAUGUCUUCUGAGGAAAAUUAAAAAUCUUGUUCCUA